AUGGGAACUUGUAGUGAGGUCCAUUGGUUGAUAGAGUCACUUGAAAGUUGGGAUGCUAGACGAAUAUCUGAACCAGAUGCUGAACGGCGAUGUGAAGCACUUUUAUGUUUACACGACUUGUACGAACGCUGCGACCUUGACAAGCUUCUGGUUAACGGUGCUCAUGAAUUUUUGCCUUUGUUUGCUCAUUCACAUGCUUAUGCUAUGAUUAAUUCUUCCGACAUUUCCUUACGCGGUACUGCAUCCAAUUGUUUUCGACAAUUAAUUAUAUUUGCCUCAAAACAACCAAAUAAUUUGGAGAAUUCUGAUUCUUUUAAUCCUUGUCAAUUUUUACAUUCACAUUUAAUACCACUUGUGAUAAAAGGCAUACAGUCUGGUAACGAUGAGAAAAUGGAGCCUGUUCGACAAGAAUUUUUUCAAUGUUUGAUACAACUUAUGCGUUCAUUUCCUUCGGAUUCUCAUUUGACGGCGUUGAGAGAAAUUGGUGGGGAUUCAAUGAUAGUUGAUGAUAGUGACACGAAAGAUCAAGAAAUGGACUUUUUCGAAUGUGCAUUACAUAUUCAAACACAUAAACGCAAACAAGCUUUUAAUCAACUUGCAAAACGUUUAAAUAAUGAUGAGGUAAUUUUUAAUUAUUAUAUUUUUAAUUUUUUUCUUUCCAUUGCACAGCUUAAAAUCAGUCAUGUACCUUUAAUUCAAUACAUUUUGCCAAUUAUCGAACCUUAUUUCCUUGAAAAUGCUCCAAAUCGUGUAGCGCUAGCUGAACAAGCUUUAAAUUUGUUUACUGCUAUUCUCAAAAGGGUUCCUUGGCAUAAAUAUGUAAAAAUUUUGAUCAAAUAUAUGAAUCAAAUUAACAUUGAAGAACGUACAAAACAGGCUGUUCGUUUGGUGAUUGCAACACUUGAUGCGUUUCAUUUUGAUUUGCGUGAUUUAAAACAAAAUUUAGAAUCAACUUCUACUAUUACAGUUACUGAAGAGAUGCUUGAUCAAAAGAAAUCUAAAAAUUCAAAACAACAAAUUUUUGCAUUUGUAAAUGGAAAAAUACUCCCAAAACUUAGAGAAUUGCUUCGACCAAAGACCCAAUUCAAUAGUCAUAAACGAGCUCAGAAUUUUACUUCAAAUAUUUUUCAAUAUGAAGAUGAAAAGUUACUUCGAGCGCCGUUGGUUUUAGCGACAGCUAGGCUUUUUAAAUGGCUUCCUCAACGUGUUGUGGAUCAAAAUAUGAAUGGUUGUCUUCUUACUCUUAAUCAUUUGUUGAUGAGUCGUUCAAUUAGUGUUAGGCAAGGUGCUCGAAAGUUGUUGAUAAAUCUUGUUAAAAUUGUUGGUCCUUUACAAUUUCCUCAUAUAAUUCGUGAACUUAAACAAACUAUGAACAAAGGAUAUCAGAUUCAUGUUAUGAUAUUUACGGUUCAUGCAUUAAUCAGCGCGAUAGCCGAAGAUUUAAAACCAGGCGACUUGGAUUCCUGUUUGCGUGAAUUACUGGAGAUAUGCAAAUGGGAAGCUUUUGGCAAUGACCAAUUCGAGGAAUCGUUUAAUAAAGAUGGACAAACACAACAACUUCGCUCCGAAUCUCAUGGUGUUCCUGAAGCAAAAACUAGCAACAAUAAAACAUCUGAAACGCUCACACAGAUUGGACGAUUUAUUGGUAGUGAAAAGGCAUUGAAUGAAAUUGUUUUGGAACAUAUUCGUGAAAUAGUUGAAGCCAGUCCAAAAGCUGAAACAAUAAGAAAGCUUUCAGAGUGGCUUAGAGCUUUAAGUGCCGGUUUACGAAUUAAUGCUGGUGGUAUUCCUCCUCUCCAACAACUUAAUUUCUCGUUGAACUUGGCUCGUAAAAGCAUGCGACACAUGGAAGAAGACAAGCAAAGGCUGAAUAGCUCACAACAUUUGGCAACAGAUAAAAGUUCAUUGAGGCCUCCAAAUUGUUUAUUAUUACCAACAGAACCAAAAAGGUAAAAUUCAACCUUUCGAAAUUAUCGGCCCAAUUCAGGGUUUUUAUAUUCACUUGGAGCAAAGGCGGGCUUGGAACUUGUGAGAUAUACCAGAUUUUCUUGAAAAAUAUUGGAGGUUUUCCUUUUUUCGGGACUGAUCAGAUAUUAGAGUUGUUGGCGGCCGGUUAAUUUAUCCCUAUAGCGUCUCAAUUGCUCAUACCUACUAUUCUCUAUUUGAGUCACCACACGGAAACUUUAACCGCUCACCAAAAACCCAACUUU